AUGAGCCCAAUUCAGAUUCCUGUCGAUGCGAUUACCUCGCGUUUCGGUGAGCGCUUUAACAGCCUCCGAUCCCAAUCCCUAGGCUCUCGAUUCGCCAACCUCCGGCCCAUUUCCGAGUUUUUUGAUGUCAAACGGGUCUCCAAGCCGGCCAACUUCGGCGAGGUUCAGAGCCGUGUGAACUACAACCUCUCUUACUUUUCUAGCAACUAUGCUGCGGUCUUUGUGAUGCUCAGCAUCUACAGCUUGCUGACAAACUUUAUGUUGCUUUUCGUGAUCAUCCUGGUUACCGGUGGCUUGUACGGGAUCGGAAAGCUUCAGGGCCGCGACCUAGAUCUGGGAUUUGCCCGGUUCAACACUUCGCAGCUUUACACCGGAUUGCUGAUUGUGGCGGUCCCCCUCGGCUUCUUGGCUUCUCCCAUCAGCACCGUACUGUGGCUGAUUGGGGCUACCGGCGUACCACCAGGGGCACAACGGGGGAGACAAACCAGGAGAUGGGCGGAUCCGUGGGUGGAUGGUGACGCACGGAUCCAGGAGAUUAGCAGUGACGACGAGUACCUUCUGCAGGAUAACUGGGGUUUUUACACAAAACAGUUGGCUGGUAUGGGCAUGGAUGAAAUCUUAGGAUGGCGGAAACAGAUGUUGGAAUAUGACGAGUUUUCUGAUGGGACCGGGUUUGUCGAUGGUAUGGAUUAUAGCUUGCAUGAAGGCGAGGAUAGUACGGUAGCUUAUGCGGUUCAGCUGGCCUUGAAAGAUGAAGAGGAAUGGCACGUGGAACAUGCCCUGGAACGGAUCCGACGCGCGCAGAUGUUGGGACAGAAAAAUGUCCGAUUAUCGAAACGAGAACUUGGGGCACUGGAACGAAAACGAAUGCAGACCGGUAGCAAGAGGGAUCCUGAACGUCGGAAGCCCACUACUAAGGGUUCUAGGUCAAGGGAUAGCUCCACGUCAGACGUACAGCAACGCGGAUUUAGUAUAUCGCAGUGCGGACAGACCGCGCCAUAUCGACUCGCCGGCAGCAGUUGGGCCCGCAGCUCCGGUGCUUCGUCUCGACAAUCUCAACCGCCUACUUCAUCCCCUAAGUCCUCACUUCGAUAUUCUGAGCGGCAUUCCACUAUAUCCCCGCAAGCGUCCUUAAGAGGUACAGCCUCCGCAUAUCCUCUCUCGGAUGGCCCCGGCUGGGUGCCUCCGUAUCAGCUUCCUUAUUCAAGAGAUCAACAUUUGCACGCAAGGCGUAGUUCAGUGGAUCCUCUGCAGGGAGCCACUCGGCGACCACCGUCCUACAUGUCAACAUACCAAGCCGUCGCUAGCCCUAGCAGUGUACGGGGCUCAUUCACCCCUCGGAAGACUCCAUUUCGAUCUCCGUCACACGACGAUAACGAGGAAAGCGAUUCAGAUGACGAUAGCCGAGUACAUAGCGUGAAUGUAGAUAAACACAAAGUGCCGACGGGUCGUACAGCAACCGGCAGAGGAAACCGUCAACGCCGCCGCCGUUUUUAG